UCACAGGAGGAAGAAACGUCAAACCUUCAUUCUCAAGGGUGCGAUUAGAACCAACAAAAAGUUCCCUGGUGAAGACAACACAGCUGACCGGGAAGAUUUUGCAGAAACGCCUGUAGAGAAGAGCUAAACAAUCUCUAAAGGCUCUUCAAGAACAAGCAACUUUCAUAUUCAGUUACUGAAGAAUUAUCUUCUUGUUGUUGUGAUCAGAUCAACUCCUUUUUCGCUCUGUGUGUUUGUGUUCUUGAGUUUGUGCUUUACGUGAAUCUAAAUCUAUCCCAGUUGUAUCAGCACUGGAAAUGUCGAAAUCAUCAUCUUCAAAGUUUGUUUUGAGUAACUUUUAUCACUACAUUUUAUCAAAACCCCAUCAAUUUUCAAGCCCAAAUGUUACUUCUAGUGGUAUAUCUCAUUUCCUUUCUAAUCAUUCCAAGAUUAUCGAAAAGCCUGCUGUUAAUCAAUGGGUUUCGAAUACCCAGAGAACCCAUUUUUCGUCUUCCCCAUUUCCGCGGGUUUUGCAAAACCCUAGUAAGAAGUUAGACCCAGAUGGUAGUUUCUUGUGGAAUAGGAAAUUAUUAGGGUUUAGGUACUUCUCGUUGAAGAGCUCCGGAUUGGGUUUGGGGAAAAAUGUGUUGAAGAAUCCGGUUGAAGCUGCCAAGAAAACGGCUUUGCGAUACAAGGGUGCGGUGGGUUUGCAAAUGGAGGCAUUUUGGAAGAGGAAUUCGAUGGUGUUAUUUGGUGCAGCAGGUAUUAUGGUGUGCAUUUUGCUUUGGAGGAUUCUAUUUGGAAUUGCUACUACUUUUAUUGGAUUGUCUGAAGGCAUGGCGAAGUAUGGCUUCCUUGCUCUUUCCUCUGCCAUUGUCGCAUUUGCUGGCUUGUAUCUUCGCUCAAGAUUUACCAUCAACCCUGAUAAGGUGUACAGAAUGGCAAUGAGAAGACUUAAUACAGAGGCUGGAAUUCUUGAGGUUAUGGGGGCUCCACUCUCGGGAACAGAUUUGAGAGCAUAUGUGAUGUCAGGAGGUGGUAUUACUCUUAAGAACUUCAAGCCACGGUUUAGGGGCAAAAGAUGUUUUCUGAUUUUCCCAAUACGAGGUUCUGAGAGGAAAGGUUUAGUAAGUGUUGAAGUCAAGAAUAAACAAGGCCAGUAUGAUAUGAAAUUAUUGGCAGUAGAUAUACCAAUGGCCUCAGGACCUGACCAACGCCUAUUCCUGAUUGGUGAUGAAGAAGAGUACAGGAUUGGUGGUGGUCUUAUUGCUGAGCUAAGAGAUCCUGUUGUUAAAGCAAUGGCAGCAACUAAAGAGUUUGAAGAUCGGGAUGAUCUGGAGGAUGAAGAGGAUGCUGAAAGAGAACUCCAAGAAGCGGAGAGAAAGCACCAGGAAGAAAUUGAAAAGCUUGAAAAGGGUGAUUCAAGAUGAUUAAGCUGAAUUUUUUUCUUGUAUCCUUGGUUUUACAUUUGCGCUUUUUACAAAGGCAUUGCACUAGAUAGAGCAAAAGACCAACAAUGCUCUAACUGUUGAGUGAAUUAACAGAACUAUAUGGCAUGCACAGGCAGGAAAAAUAGAUCAUACACUCCGAAUUUUCUGUAGUGGUUCGUUGUUGGUCAAUAAGUAUGUUGUUGGAAGUAUCAAAUCCUUAAUGUAAUCGGUACAUGCUUUAUUUUCAUCAUUCAGCCUUGAGGGCCUCCUGCUGGUUGAAAUAAAUUACUACUACUUUGCUUGA